GCGCUGGCAGCUGUCUCUCUUGCAAGGGCAAGGCGUAGAAUUGUAACUGUUUAUUAAAUAUAUAUAAAUCAUAAUUUGAACUUGCUGUUGUUGUUGCGGCGCUUUCAUUAUUUGUCCAGACAAUGUCACGCCUCAUUGCCGGCGCCCGCAGCGUAUUCAGACGCCAUCCCUUUGUGGCCAACAGCGCCAUCUAUGGCAGUCUCUAUGUGGCUGCCGAGUUCUCACAGCAAUAUGUCUCGAAGCGCUGGCUGGCGCAGCCGGAGCAGCGUGAGGAUAUUGAUUAUGCAACUGUAGGACGCUAUGCUGUAAUGGGCACCACACUCUAUGCCCCAUCGUUAUACGCUUGGUACAAAUGGCUGGAUGGCACUUUUCCUGGUACACUGAAGACUACUAUUUUGAAAAAAUUGGUACUGGAUCAGUUUGUAUUGACGCCCUAUUGUCUGACGUUGUUUUUUACGGGCAUGUCUCUGAUGGAGGGCGCCGAGCAUCCUUUUGAGGAGCUGCGCGAGAAAUUUGUGCCUACGUUUUUACGAUCCUGCAUCUUCUGGCUGCCGGCACAGGCUUUGAAUUUUAUGUUUAUAGCGCCACGAUUUCGCAUUAUCUAUAUGGGCAUAUGCGGCAUGAUUUGGGUAAACAUUCUGUGCUACAUAAAGCGACAGAGUCCGACCACAACAGCAACACUAACAACAACAGCGACGACAAUCAAGCAAGAGUAACAACAGCAAUGUCUAGGCGUGAUUGGAUUAGAUAGUAGCUUAACACACAUUCAUAAGCACAUAUAUGUAUAUGGUUAUAUUUUGAUAUAUAUAUAUGUAUAUUUGAUAUAGUGCGAAGAUGCUUUGCCAAAUAAAUACAUUCCAAAUGCAAUAUAUACACACACGCGCAUACUUAUGCAUAUACAAUCGUA